GGCUAAAGGGAAAGGAGGAGGCGGGGCACUUUCAACCGACACACAGAAAAAAGGGGGCGGUAUUAUUGGUUAUAGAAGCCGGAAGUGGCAGUUUUCAAUGCGGUGUGAGGAAUGUGGACUGUCAUUGUUUGUGGAGUAGACUCCAACUAAUUACAUGCCAGCCAACAGCUGAUUCUUACCCAGAAGGAAGCAUUGCCUAAUAAAGAUCAUAGAUGCCAACACUAAAAGACACAAAGUACUAAAGAGGAGCAGCUCAAUCGUCAACUGUCUGAUGCUUUCAAUACAGCCAGUGAUGUACAAAUUGGGGUGGAACUCUGUGCUUCCCACCUGCAAGCCAAUCUUUCUUCCUUAGCAGUUAUAUGCUGUUUUCUAAGUUAACCUUUGGAGCUGAACUUCUCCAUUGCUCAAGAGCAGAAGGCUUUGUUGACUUAGAUCCAGGGAUGCAUGUGAACAGCAGUGACCACUGCCUAUGGGUUUGCGCACAUGUGUAUAGUUGUGCUUAGCUUUGGGAGAGCCUUUUGGAGAACAAUGGAGAAGAAAGUUGUUCGCAUCUGCCCUGUUUCUGAUCCAGGCACAACUUAUUUUCUUCAGAUAGCGUGGCAAAAAGAUUUGGGCGCCGGUUUUGAUGUAGUACUCAGUGAUGGCCUAUCAGCUUGGACUGGGAAAGUGCCUGAGGAAGAUAUUUCCAAGGAAGCUGCUGACAUGGAAAUGGAGCGAGAGAAAUACAUUGGAGAACUUAAAAAAGUGUUGUUAUUUGAAGGAGGACUGGCAGACAAAUACAAUUUUGAUAUUUCUAAAGGAGGAGUGGAUGGAGAGUGCCUCAAUUUUUCUUAUGAAAAGAAUCUGAAAGAUGUUUCUUUUAGACUCGGAUCGCUGAUGUUACAGAAAGUCUCAGGUCCGGCUGAAGUCAUUAGUGAGCUGAUUAGCUAUUGCCUAGACUACAUAAAAGGACUACAUUCAAAAAAUGAGCAUCUGCAAAAAGAGAAUGAAAGACUUCAAAGUGAUCUGGAUGAUGUGCAAGAGCAGUUACAAAAAUGUGUUGAAGCUAAAGAAGAACUAGAGAUGGAACUUUAUAAAAGAUUUAUCUUGGUCCUUAAUGAAAAGAAAGCUAAGAUAAGAAACUUACAGAAAAGUUUGAAAGAAGCUGAAGAAGCUGUAUUGGAAACAACACAAGCAAGGCAUGAGAAGGAAAUGGCUUUGUGCUUUUACAGGGACACCAUGUCUACAUCUGAAAAUAAAGUUGAAACAGAAGAUUAUGACGGAAGCACUGAUGAUGAAAGUGAAAAUUCAACGCAGCCCUCCACAUCAGCAGCAGUAGCUAAACCCAGAAGAGACUCAUUACUUGGUAGCCCAGAUAUUAUUGAUGUUGCACCAAGUAGAAAGAGAAGGCAGCGGGCCCGAAAUGUUCCAAGGGCAGAACCAAAAGUGGCACUAUACGAGUCCCAAACGGCAGCAAAGAAAAGAGCUGAUUCUCCUCCAAAAUCGUCAGUCAAGCAGCCGUCAUCGAAAGAGAUGCCUUCAGAGUCAGAAAAAAACACUGGUGAUCCUGAAGACCUCUUUGAUGAUAUCUGACCAAUCUGGAAGAAGACUAUGACCUCACUACAAGCUGUUUAUCUCCAAUUAAUUAUUUGUCUCAAAAGGAAUAUUUUUAUCUAGAAGCGGGGGGCUAUUUGUUCUUUCGGAGAACAUUUUUAACAAUGGUUUUAUCUUUUUCUAAUAAAGUUUUUUUGUGUGA